CUGAUCCGCCCGGAUUACCAUGUAACAAUAUUCUGAGACAAAGUUUCCGGCAAACAAUGAGUGAGAGAGAUGGCUUUCUCUCUUACUAAUUUCUCCUUUACAACAGUUGCAUUACUACUCAUAAUUUCAUCAUCAAUAAUCAAUCAACCCGCGUUUUCAAUUCGGAUCCCUGAACGGAUCUCCACUCCAUCCAGAGACCAAUCGGAUCAUUCCAAUCAGCCUGUCAAAACAGCAGUCUUCGCUCUCGGUAGUUUCUGGAGAUCCGAAGCAAUAUUUGGAUGCUUAAAUGGUGUUAUCCGAACAACUGCUGGAUAUUCCGGCGGAUCUAAAUCUAACCCAGAAUAUCGAAGCUUAGGCGAUCACGCCGAGUCCGUACAGGUAGAAUAUGAUCCAAGAGUAAUCAGUUAUAGGCAAAUACUUGAUGUGUUUUGGUCAAGUCAUGAUUCAAGGCAGGUUUUUGGUCAAGGUCCUGAUGUAGGUAAUCAGUACAGGUCAAUUAUAUUUACUAAUGGAUCUGAUGAAUCGAGAUUGGCGGCUGUUAGUAAAGAGAAUGAGCAAUUGAAGUCCAGGAGUAGUGUUGUUACUACUCAAAUUCAACAAUUCAUUGCAUUUUAUCCUGCGGAACCUGAACAUCAGAAAUUUGAGCUGAAGCGAAGACCAUUUCUUCUUCAGCUGAUGGGGAACUUGCCAGAAGAGGAGCUUGAAAAGUCUAGUUUGGCAGCUAAGCUAAAUGGUUAUGCGGUGGAGCUCUGUCCUCCUAAGAUUCAAAGCCAGAUUGAAGCAAAGAUCAGCGAUAUUGUUAGGAAAGGUUGGCCUGUCCUGAGAGAUGUGUAGUUGGCUUUUAGAGUACAAUUUUGUUGGAAAAAUGUUUCAGUUGGCAAAGCGGUUCCUUCAAGUGCACCGUUAAUGAUAUUGACUAUGUCAUGCUGCUGAGGUCAUAGCAAACGGAUGAUAAAAGCGGACAGACUCUGGGUACACUCUUAGAACUCAAUACUCUUUCGUUGCUCAAGUAGCCACAGCUUGUGUUGUUUAUUCAGAUGAAUUUAUUCUUUGACUGCUAUAAUUGAAUUCUUUUGUUCA